AUGCCCACCCCAAUCGAUCUUGGACAGCCAACCAAGCUCAACUGCGAAGUCGCAGUCUUCAGUGGCGCCUCCGGUCUUGAGGCUCAAGCCAUGGGCGCCAAACGCAUCGAGCUCAACGCUCCAGGCUCGUACGAUGAAGGCGGCCUCACGCCCCCCGUCAAGGAGCUGACCUCGAUUGCCUCGCAGCUUGAAAUUGCCGUCCGCGUCAUGAUUCGCCCUCUUCAAUAUGACCCUCUCCAAGACUUCAUCUACACCGACGCCGAGAUCGCUCUCAUGGAGCAAGCCAUCCACAACUUCAAGGCCACCAGAGUGAUGAACCCCAUCCGCGGCGAUGGUUUUGUCUUUGGCAUCCUCAAGCUCCAGACCAAGCCUUCCACUCUCGCCAAGUACCCAGACCUCACGGUCACCAUCGACGAGGAGCGCUGCAAACUCCUCAUCGACGCCGCCCGCCCCUUCCCCUGCGUCUUCCACCGCGCCUUCGACCCCAUCGCCGCCAGCGAGCGCUGGUCCAAGGGCGUCGACAUCCUCGUCCGCUGCGGCUUCGACGGCGUCCUGACCUCGGGCGGCAUCGGCAACGCGCACGAUAACCUCGAGAAGCUCGACGCAAUCUGCCACCGCGCCGCCCCCGGCAGCCUGCAGGUCAUAGCCGGCGGCGGCGUCCGCCGCAACAACGUCCACAAGUCCGUGGCCCAGCUCUCCGUCCACGGCACUAAGAGUGUCUGGAUUCACACCGCCUCGCUGGCCAACAAGGUCGACAAGGACGGCCGCCGCGUCGAGGAGUUGGACGCGCGCGGACUGACGGGGAUCAUUUCUGUGAUGAAUGCCACAAAGCCCGACUAG